AGACAGUUCUGAUGUUCUACCAGACUUCUGUAGGUUGGAUGAGCAUUGUGUAUACAGCCGGGUCCCAUCAAUAACCACGAACAUGGCAGAUAUUUCCUAUGUGUGUUUACUUUUUGGUAUCCUCUCGACAUUUAGCGCCGCCCAACCAGGUGUCAAAAACCAGGAAGUUUUACAUCUAUACAGUCGCAGUUUUACUGGCGAUGGCACCUACUAUGGAGAGGGUACGGGAGGGACAUGCCAGUACGCCCUACCCCUCCCCCACGCCGCUACUGACCACAAGAUUACGGCCCUCGUUGCACUCAAUAAACCCCAGUUUCUGAAUUCUCUUACCUGCGGUAUGUGUUUGAAGGUGACGGGGACAGGCCAGGGUAGUGGUGCCAACCCCAUUAGAGGCGAGCACAUUGUGUUUGUCAAGGACUUGUGCCCUGAGUGUCAUGAAGGUAAGUAA